UGAAAACACUGUGCGCCUCAUAGUGUCAGUAGAACGAAGUAAUUUUCAUGUGUUGUUUACAUUUUUGUAACUUAUAAUAAAUUAAUUAUUUGAUUUUUAAUUAUUUCAUUCUUAUUGAAUAGUGUUACCAACUCCCAUCAAAACUGAAGAUUCCUAAUGUACAUUGGUCUUUAGAUUGCUCAUUAUGGACGCUCGAGCUGAGUUAACCGAACUCAUUAAGAGGCGGGAAGAAAUAGCAGAAACUUUAGCAAACUUGGAACGGCAAAUUUAUGCUUUCGAGGGUAGUUAUCUUGAAGAUACACAACUCUAUGGAAAUAUUAUCAGAGGUUGGGACAGGUAUUUAAGUGUAAACAGAGGCAGUAAAAGUGAGAAGCGGAGUCGAAAAUUCAAGGAAACUGAUAGACUUUUUUCAAAUUCAUCUAUAACUUCGAUGGCUACUGUUCGAGGUUUAGAUAAAGAAGGUACUGGCGGUGGUGUUGGUGUUGGCGGGGGAACUGGUCCAGGUCAAAAUGAGGAGCAAAGUAGUGAAGAAAAUAAUUUCAGUGGCGGCGAAGAUAAUGGAGAAACUGAGGAUGGUUCUCAACCAGCACCAAUCGGGCGACCUUCUAAAGGCUCUAAGAAAAUCAAGAAAGCAAAUCGUCCCAGUGUUUAAAAUUGCCAAAAUUCAUCCAACACGAUUUUAAUCCAUUUCAUUGUUUAACCUGUCAUCAUCAUAUUUACUAACAACAAUAACAAUAAACCCAAAUUUUCCGGUCUAUUAAGGGUCUAUCUUAAUUUUGAAAGUGAUAAGAUUUCAAGGCCUGGUGAUAAUUUAAUCGGAUAUAAUUAAAGAUGGAAUCAGUUAAGAUUAGUGGUUUAAAAUUUUUAAAUGUUCAUUGAUUGGAUCACAUUAUGGAUAACCUCACUCUAAUAAACAAAGUACAUUUCAAAAUCAAGAAUCCCGAAAAAGCUCAGUGAAUGAUAAAGAUAAUGAAAUAUUUAAAAGUGUCGCAAAAUCACGUAAUUGGAAAUCUUCCCAGACGAUCAUUGACAUUCAAAUAUAAAUAUAAUUUAUAACCAAAUUAAACGUUUUUAAUGUUAAA